AUUCCUCCUACCUGUCUAUUUGUCUGUCCCCAAAGCUCUCCACACAUCCCAUCCUCCCACCCUUUAGUGAAAAUCUCCUCUAUGACCUCCUACAUGGUCGCUUGAGAUCUGGUCAAUCCUCCGCCCCUGUCGGUCAGACAUUGUUUCUUGGACUCCAUUUUUCCACAUAUGUUGGUUUUGUCUUUUCAUUAACAUAUGAGGACACCUGUAGAGAUGAAGCCACACUGGUUUCUUCUUUUUCCCCUUACUUCAUCCUCUGACACGUGACAGACACAUCAGAGACAUCUGACUUUAUGUAAAUGACUACCUACUCUGAUGGUCCCCAGAGCCAUGGAAACCAGUACUGCUAGCUACUUUGUAGACUUACUGUGAUUAGACUAGUGGUUCAAAGUGUGGGCCAUGGACCAGCAGCAUGAACUGGAAAUGGGUUAGAAAUGCAGAGUCUUGGGCUCCAUCUCAGACUUACAGAACCAGAAACUCUGGGAGUGAAGUCCAACAAUCUGUGUUUUAACAAACCAUCCAAGUGAGGCUGACGCACGGUAAAGAUUGAGAACCACUGAGCUAAGGCAUUUUCUGAAGGUCUUUCACCUCUGAUUAAAUCAGCUAGAGGGGGAGCUUAGAGGAGAGAAACAAAGCACAUCUGAAAUGUAAAUGUUUCAGUUGAGAAAGUCAGCAGUGGACCCUCUCAUCUAAGAUGGACCUAAAAGAAAGAAAAUGUAGGGGUGCUUUGGACAAUGAAGAAAUGGCCUAAAUGUCCUAUGUAGGGAGCAAAGCCAGAAAGUUAAGGUGCCUCAGAGAUAAACCUCUUACUUCUAUUUACAGUUGGGUACAGGGCUUCAGCUCUACAGCUGGAACCCAGACAUGAUGGUAACCCAACCUCAACAAUGUAAAUGAUGACAUGUGGUCUCAAAAUGCAGUCCUUGGACCAGCAGCAUUAGUGUCACCCGGGGACUUGUAGAAAUCCCACUCUUCAGGCUCCACCCAAACCCUACUAACUCAGAAACUCCAGGGGUGCUGCCUGGCCAUAGAUGUUUUCACAAGCUCUUCAGGCAAUUCUGAUGCAGGCUAAGGUUUGGAAACUGUUGUGCUAGGCACUGGGGCUACAGGUUUUACAUGCAUUUCUCCAUUUAAUUCUGACAAUCCUAUAAGUAGUUUAAGUUUUUCCCAUUUUAAGAUGAAGGAAAUUAGGGUCAUAUUUGCCCAAGGACACAUAACUGGUCAGUGGCCAUUGUGGUCAGGGGCCAAAACCCUGUUGUGUAUAUAUACAAAGGAUGUGUUUUGGCCAUCUAUGGUCCCUGAUGGGCUCUGGGUUAUUAAAACUGGGAGUGGGGGGCAGGAGGAAGAUGGCAAGUUAGAACUAGAGCAAAUUGAGCUUUGUCUACAAUUUCUGUGAAUGAUAUCCAAACCCAGGAUCUGGUAGCAAGUGAGACCUGAGGUGCCUCUUUUAAAAGAUCCUGCAUGUCUGAGAGCAAUGGGUCAUAGACUACAGCGAACGAAUCUUCCAGCCUACACCUGGUGUUUGAGGACUUGAACCUUUAACUCUUCGCUGGAAUUAUUUCGAUCUAUAUUCAGUCCCUUUGACCUCUUUGACAGUCUCUCCCUGUGUGUUGUUAUCUUUACCUAACCACUCUCCUGGUGGAAGAGCUUUACUCAGAAGAGAGGAAUGACAGCUCAGGGAGAAUGGGCAGGUGCAUGUUCAGCACAGGGGGACUUCAGUCCCUUCAGAUGACACCAAGUCAGUUGGUUUUCUGCCCUCUCAGAGGAUGAAGCUUGCCUCAGGUGCAGCUCUGGGGUUGUGGUUUCCUUUCACAGAUAUGAUAGAAACAGUUAUUUUUCACUUUUGGUUAAAAUAAAAAGAAAACACCCGGAAACCAAAUUCUUCUCAAGAUAGAGCUGAACAUAGAACAAACCUGGAAAAUAUAAGAGUUCUGUGUGGGAAGUGGUUGGAAAGGAAAUGAAGGGUGGACAGGCUUCCUGAGCCCAGGGGAGGGGUCAGGAAAUAGAUUGGGUGGAGACCUCAGUGGGCUCACCCCAAAUUUCACAAAUAGGGUCCUUCUACAGCUCACUUGAGCCACAAUAGUUCUGCUUUCAUGCACUGAGGGGGUGGGGUGGGUGGGGAGGCAAAGGAAGUGAAAGAGGACAUUGAGGAGGACACCCCCCCGCAAAAGAUAUCCAAAUGCAGAGCAUGCAAAACAGGAUAAAGGACAGGGCUUUUGAAUCUGCUUUUCGCACAGCUCACAGCUGGGACCAUGAAAGUUCAACCCCAAGUCUUUUUCUAAGCAGUCUUUUCUGACUACCCACCUCUGGUUAAUUUAGCUUAUCUCUUACACACUCCCAAUGCACCCUGGCAUUUUCCUUAAUAACAUUCACCAUGCUAUAGUCUUUGUUCAAUGUCAGGCUUGCCUAAGAAAGGAAGAGGUGAUGGGGAAAGGUGGUGAUGGUAAAAAUCUUAUUUUCUGAAAAGAUAGAACCAGAAUGCUUCUGGAGAGGAAGUAUCUAUUCAGAAAAACACCAGACUGAGAAAUUUGGAAGGAAGAUGAGACACCCAAACUAGAUACAGCUAGAACCAGGGAAAUCAAAGGAAGAAGAAUUACUUUGUUUUAGAAAUGGAAAGAUCACUCAUGAAGAAAUGCAAAAAUUCUUAAUUAGCUAUUAACAGAUAGAAUCCAGCAAUACCUUAAAUGAUAAAGAUUUGUCCCAAGUAUGCAAAGAUGAUUCAGUAUCAGGAAUACUUUCAUAUAAUUUAAUGUUUUAUAAAGCCAAGGAGAAACAUAAUUCUGUCAUCUCCUUAGCUGAUGAAAAGAAAAAUUUCCUUCCUAUCUGCUUUGGUAAAAUUCAGCAUCUAAUAAUUGAUUACUUUCUUACCAUAAUAAAAAUUUCCAUCUCAACCUCAAAGCCUGCACUUUGUUUAACUGGAAACACUGUGGUAUUACCACAAAAGUUAAGAACAAGUUAAGGAAACCUACCAUAUUGUGAUUAUUUCAUAUUCUUUUAGACACAAGUCACAAUAAACUAACAGUGAACAAAAUUGGAUUUAAAAAAAAAAUCCAAGAGGAUAAGAUGAUCAUUUCUGGCUGCAUAAAGAACAAAUCAAUAUCAAAAAGACUAACAAGAGAAUUUAAACAUGAGCAACAGAUUUAUAAGACAGACAUUAAUUUAAAAAGUCAUAGAUCUUCAACAGAGGAAAAAUGAUUCAACCACAUUCAUACUUCAUAACACAUAUAAAAAUCACACUGAUAUAAUUUUUCAUCAAUUAAAUUGACAGAUAAAACCAUGAGCAAGGAUAUGGGGGAAUUAAUAAAAUGCCGGUAUAACUAAUUUGGUUAAAUUUUUUUAUUGUGGACAAUUUAGUAGCAUCUAUCAAAAUUGCAAAUGAAUCUACCAAUUGUCUAGCAAUUUCAUUUCUAGGAAUCUAUUCAGGUGAGCCAAUUAUCUAUUGCUGUAUAACAAAUCACUCCAAAACUCAUAAAACAACAGUUUUAUUAUGCUCAUUAUUUUGUGUGUCAGGAAGUCGAGCAGAGCACAGAAGGUGCCAGGUGCCUCUGCUCCAUGAAGCCCGGGGCUUCGGUAGGAGUGGCUCAAAUGGCUGGGACACUGGACUAGAGCCACAUGUCUGUGCCUCUCUGGUUGUCAGCUGUGUCCCUCGAUUCUUCUCUGUGUUGUAUUUGUUGGAGGUGGAAUGUCUUCACUGUUCACCAAGGUGACAGCAUUUUACUCCUGGUGGUUUUGAUUCCAGCGUUCACCACAGUAAUGUAAAGUCAGAGGAAUUUAAAGGAGUUAUUGGUCAUCUUUGUGCACUAAGAGAGGAGGGCAAUCAAAGAGCAGGAAGAGAUUACUUGUAUUAAGCAGGAGACUGCAGCAGUAACGGAUCUGGAAGAAUUCAAAUGGGAUAUUUAAAGGCAAUCUAAGUCCCAUAUCCUCUCUCCCCGGCUCUGGGGAAUGUCAUAUAAAUACGGAAAAAGAGCGUUUGAGUGAGUUCAACUUUAACUCUUUGGGUCAUUCUUCCUUAAUGUGGCGCUCAGAUUGUUAUUGUAGCCACUGCCCUGAUCAUUGCUCCCCAGAGGUGCUUCCCUGACACUGCAGAGCUGGACCGGAAGGGAAAGCAGGCAAGUCAUAAAGUUGGCAAGUCACAGGUUUCAACAGGAAGCCAUCUGUUCCUUUCGACAGUAAAUCAGGAACAGCAAUGGGCCAAAAUGAAUGCAGUCAGUCUGGACCAUCUACCAAGAGUCAACAUGCUCCACACACCAGAGGAUCAGAGCUGAGAAUCAUUCUGGUGGGCAAAACAGGGACUGGCAAAAGUGCUACAGGGAACAGCAUCCUUGGGAAGCAGGCAUUUGAGUCCAGGCUGAGUGCCCAGUCCUUGACUAAGACUUGCAGUAAAAGUCGGGGAAGCUGGGAGAGAGAGAUGGUCAUUAUUGACACACCAGAUAUGUUUUCUGAGAAGGACCACUCUGAUUCUCUGUACAAAGAGGUACAGAGGUGCUACCUACUCUCUGCACCAGGACCCCACGUGCUACUUCUGGUGACACAGCUGGGCCGCUUCACCACCAAAGAUCAGCAGGCUGUGCAGAGGGUGAAGGAGAUCUUUGGAAAGGAUGCUAUGAGACACACAAUUGUCCUCUUCACCCGCAAGGAAGACCUCAAGGGAGACUCCUUGAUGGAUUACAUCCAUGGCUCCGAUAACAAAGCCUUAAGCACACUGGUGGCUGCAUGUGGGGGGCGAGUGUGUGCCUUUAAUAACCGUCCUGAAGGGAGCAAUCGGGAUGACCAAGUGAAGGAGCUGAUGGACUUGAUUGAGAGCUUCGUGAUGACGAAAAGGGGUGACCACUAUACCAACAGGCUGUAUAGUCUAGUGACUGGGUCACAAUCCGGACCUCUGCAGUCAGAGAAUAGAUUAAAAGAUUUCAAAGGGAGCUUUAUAAAGUAUGUGGAAAUUCUGAGACAUUGCACAACCAUGACCAAAGCAAAUUGCCUAAGAAAAGCCCUAGUCAAAACAGUAAUGUAUAUUUUAUUGUGUAUUUUAUUGUGUAUUCAGGUGUUUGCCAAAUUGUUAAUUCAGUUCUUCUGUGUAUUGCACAGAAUGUGCAAUUUCUUUUAUCGUUUACCCUUUCAUAUAUGCAAUUUGUUCUGCAGCUUACUGUUAAUUAUACCCCCAAAAUUAAUGAUAAUUUUUAGAAAAACCAGGCAACUGGACUGCAAGACUCAUAGAUUAUAGUUACAGAUAGUGAUUCCUUACUCACUGUUGUAGAGGGGGUGAAAAACGGUGCCUGAGUACAUGUUUGCGAUUCUGUUGUCUUUAAAUCUUAACAUCAUCCUAUUUGUUGAUGAACCAAAUUAUUUUAAGUUAUUGUUUUGAAAUAUAAUGCCAAAAUCUUUUGAAAGUUAUAAGCAUAAACUUCCUCUCAUUUGCAAAUCUCUAAAAUCAGUGUUAUGUUCCUGAAAACCCCUUUUCUUCUUUAUACUACUACUAUUUCUACUGAAUACAACAAAAAUAAUAAUAAAAUUUCUAUUAACUAUAACAAAAUAACAAUAAUAAGUAAACUGUAAAGUUCCUGAGGGCACAUCUCUAAUUCUGUUCUAUGGUUUUAUCCUCAGCAGAUGGUAAGUAGACACACGGCUAAUUUUUGUAACACAACAAAUUCAUGCUCAACAAUCACACACAGAUACACUCACACAUCAACAGUCUGUUUUAUGUGCAUCAAAUUUGCUUACCACUGAAAGAGGCUCAGCCAGCUUUCAUCCCUGGCCCCCAGUCACAGUUAGCAUUGAAACAUACCUAGAGGCUUUACACUCCAGACAAGAUGGCGGACUGGAUCUCCUGAAGCAUCAUUAAAUGCAAAUAGAAGUUGAAUUUAUUAAAAGUAAACAAAAUCUCUAUGAUUGACAAGCUCACUAGAAAAUAAGGAAAACUCCAAAGAUGAAGCAAACAAUCCACCUAAAAAUGAUGUGAAGCUAAAAGGGGAGUUGAGAGCCAUGAGGACAGGCAAACAUGGAAGGCAGAGCUGCCCCAAAAUAAAUGCCUACAUCAAUCUUGAGAUCAAGAAACUCAACCUUGUGUUGUCGAUAAAGUUAAAGAGCAGAUUCUGAGCUCUCUGAUCCCCAAACACAAACACAUAUUAAAUUAAGCCUUUCCUAGGAAACUAAUAUUACGAAUUCUUUUUUUAACCACAUAUAUAAGGCUAUUGGCUGUUGUGAUUUUUUUAUUUCUUCUUAUGCUUAUCUUGGUAAGCUGUACUUUUCAAGGGAUUUUUCCAUUAUGUUUAAAUUGUUGAAUUUAUUUGCAGAAACAUAAAAUAUUUUUAUUAUCUCUUUAAUAAAUACAAGAACAAUAGUGAUCAUUCCUCUUUG